ACCGGAAACUGAGGUCUCCUCUCUCACACACACCAAAUUCCGUACUAUGACGCAAAAAUCAUAAAAUCCCUAAUCGUAAAUCUAGAGAGAGAAACCAAUCCCAAAAGCUCGCUCACUUAGAGAGAGAAAGUGAUAGAACCAGAACUUGACUGGGUCCCAAUGGAAACCGAAGCGGCGGGCGUGGGUCUCGCCGCGGAUGAUCAAUCGUCGUCGUCUUCUUCUCCGGCGGCGGCGUUUUCGCGAUGGACCUUUUCCUUUUCGAGGCGGUACCAGCACUUUCUCGACAAGUCAACGCCGCACGUGCUCCACCGGUGGCUCGCGUGCCUCGGUGUGGCGUUGAUCUACGCUCUCCGCGUUUAUUUGGUCGAAGGGUUCUACAUCGUCUCGUAUGGACUCGGGAUCUACAUUCUCAACCUUCUCAUCGGAUUUCUCUCUCCUCAGGUUGACCCUGAGAUCCACGACCUCUCCGAUGGCCCCUCCCUUCCUACCAGGGGAUCUGACGAGUUCCGCCCCUUCGUUCGUCGCCUCCCGGAGUUCAAAUUCUGGUACUCUAUUACAAAGGCGUUUUGCAUUGCUUUUGUGAUGACAUUCUUCAGUGCCUUUGAUGUACCUGUAUUCUGGCCCAUACUUCUUUUCUACUGGAUGGUAUUAUUUAUUAUGACUAUGAGGAGACAGAUUUCCCACAUGAUCAAGUACAAAUACGUUCCAUUCUCUUUUGGGAAACAGCGGUAUGAUGGAAGAAGAGCAUCUUCAACCGAUGGCUCGGCAGAUUGAACAUUUUCAGGUAGAUUGGAUCGAUUUUUUCUUUUUUCUCAAGUCACAAAUCCAGAUGACAAUUAGUUUUGCAGUUAGCAAGAUUACGAUGUUUAGUGCUUCAUUAGGCACAAUGGUUGUUUAUUUACCCUGGAAAUGUAGCUUUGGCAGGAUGAAGUGGUUGCUCAAAUCUUUUACUUUUGGUAUUAUGGGAUGUCCAUUUGUAUAGGAGGGAAAAAUGCCCACUGUUUUUGCCUAAUAAUUAACUCAGCAGUAGUGACAUAUCUACUUUUUCUAAGUCUUUGCAGUUUGAAAUGCCAUUCACACUGCGCAUUAGUAGUUUUAUUGUACUCUUAAUUCCUUUUCAAACUGAAGCUGGGCUUAAUGCAACAUUUCUUUUGGAUAUUUCUCCUCUCUCA